UCGAUAUAUCGUAUCGUUUCCAUAAAAAUCGGUCUGGCAACACUGUCUUCAAAUGUACAAGUUUUGUGUACACGUUACAACCUCUUGAAAAAUGUAUUAUUGAUAACCAAUUUCCCAAAAUUUCAGAAUAUUUCAUAGCACGUCCUCCUAAAUUAAACUUUAUAACAAAAUAAAACCUCACAAUGAAAUUGCUUACAUUCAGCAUAUUCCUAUUAAUGCCCCUGAUAAUCUACAAUGUAGAAGGGCAAGGGAAAAAACAGGGUUCUACACUUGCAGACCGAGUCCAGCAACUCACAGAUUUAUCAAGCAAAAAAUCCGUACUGAGAUUUAACGCCAACAAGUUCAAAGACUACGUUAAAACAGCCCCCAGGAAUUAUUCGAUUGUCGUUAUGUUCACCGCUUUGGCCUCCCAAAGACAAUGUGCUGUUUGCAGACAAGCCAGUGAUGAAUACACCCUUGUAGCCAACUCCUACAGAUACUCUCCUGCUUAUAGCAACAAGUUAUUCUUUGCUAUGGUUGAUUUCGAUGAAGGUUCAGAAGUUUUUCAAAUGAUGAAACUAAAUACAGCUCCAAUUUUCAUGCAUUUCCCUGCCAAAGGUAAACCUAAAGCAGCUGACACUAUGGACAUCCAACGGGUUGGAUUUGGAGCUGAAGCCAUUGCACGUUUCAUCAGUGAAAGAACAGAUAUUUCAAUUCGUAUUAUUAGGGCACCAAACUACUCAGGAACAUUAUCACUGACUCUCCUGUUUGCUUUUGUUGGUGGCUUUCUAUAUUUGCGCAGAAACAAUUUGGAGUUUCUCUACAACAAAACAAUGUGGGGAGUUUGGGCUUUGUUUUUCACCUUAGCGAUGACUUCUGGUCAGAUGUGGAACCACAUUAGAGGACCUCCUUUCAUGCACAGGAACCAAAACGGGCAAACUUCUUAUAUUCACGGUAGUUCGCAGGGACAAUUUGUUGUUGAAACUUAUAUUGUUAUGGCACUGAAUGGUGCUGUUGUAGUUGGUAUGAUUCUGAUGGCAGAAGCUGCCAAAGGCAAAGGGGAUCCGAAGAAAAGGAAAAUCUUUGCUAUACUUGGUUUAGUGUUGAUUUCUGUGUUUUUCUCCUUGCUUUUGUCUGUUUUUAGGACAAAAACACAUGGAUAUCCUUACAGCUUUUUGUUCAAAUAAAAGAAGUGUCCAGAUGUGGCAACAUGAAGUGGAUAUGGAGGAGUUCUUUAAAAUUUUUCAUUGUUCUUUGUAGAAAAAAAUUACAAUAAAAAAAAUUUGUUAGUAACUA